GGCAGUGUAUUGUUGUAGGCUACUUUACGUAUAUCAGUGCACUUCGGUCACACCAUGUCGUAGCCGCUGUGACCUUGAACUAUGCUAGGCAAGGUUCUAUACAUCUCACAGUUCCUCAGUGAUUGCCUAUAUUUGUUUGUGCUGUACAGGCUAGGCAUGUCAAUCAUGUCUUUACCCACGGAACUGCUGGGUGGUGCUAUACUAGUGUUGCUGGUCUGUAUGUUCACCAUCAGUCAUGCCUUCCGCUACUACACAAAGUUCUUCAUCUUCAUCACCCUCAGUCUAAUAUCCGGUACAAUAUUCAUGCCAAUCAUGUUCCUAAGACCGAGGGAUUACAGGAACGCAUUAUUGCCAGCGUGGGGAGCAAGACAGAUUUCUAAACUGCUUGGAAUCAAGUGGGAAAUGAAGGGAAACGAGAACAUAGUACAAGACUCUGGUUGUGUAAUUGUUAUCAAUCAUCAGAGCGGACUGGAUCUGUUGGUGUUGGCAGAACUAUGGCCAGUGGUGGGGAGGUGUACGGUGAUAUCUAAGAAAGAGUUGUUCUACCUUUGGCCAUUUGGCUUGGCUGCAUGGCUCUGGGGAACGAUCUUCAUCGACCGGUUGAACAACGAGCAAGCACAAGCUACAAUAAACCAGACAGGCGAACACGUACGGUCCAAACAGUUAAAACUGUGCAUGUUUCCAGAAGGUACAAGACAUCUUGGAGAUGAACUCCUGCCUUUCAAAAAGGGUGCCUUUCAUGUAGCUAUUGCCUCGCAGACUCCAGUUCAACCUGUAGUUGUAUCAAAGUACCACUUCCUUGAUUCAGAAAAACAUAUAUUUAACACAGGACGUUGUGUUAUCAAAAUUCUACCUCCUAUACCAACAGAAGGUUUGACAAAGGUUGAUAUUGACUCUCUGGUGUCGAAAACUCGGGCGUUGAUGUCAGAAGAGUUCAAGAAACUCUCUGCCGAAGUUCUGACAGAAGAGCGUAAAUGAUGGACAUUCAGACUUAAGUUUAUAGAUAAAAACUUAUCUUCAUCAUGACUUAUGAUUGAAAGCCGGGCAGUAUUUAAUGCUAAAUGGAAAUUUAAUUUCCUGAGGUCGUUAAUUGAUUUUAAUUGUAUUUUAAGACAUUAAAAUAGUUAAACUUAAAAGUUUGCUGCAUUUGGUCACAGAGAAUGUGCAAUGAAGGGAAAUUCUCCUUUUAUGAAAAUGGCCCAUGUAGCACAGAUGGUUGGGCCAACGUUGGUAAAUUGUGGAGCCACACAGUUGGCCAACGGUAGAAAUGUCACCUCUUUAAACUGUUUUCCAGCCAACCUUUGUCCAACAAUGGCCCAACCAAAAUUAUUUCACACAAAAUAAUAAAGAUUUAGUACGAAAAGCAUAAUUUUUAGUUGAGUAAAUUGAUUAAAUAGUUCAUAAAAACAAAUUUUGAAAAAAAGCUGGAACAAAAUUUUAUGGCCCAGACGGGUCUCGAACCCGGGUCCUUCGACUUAUAAGCCUUUUACCUUACCACUGAGCUAUCUGUGAUUGUUGAUAUAGAGAGUUUUCAAGUGGUGAAAGAGUAGCCGACAGUUGCAAUGGUCGCAAUACAUCAAACAUUUUUGAUACUACACAGUAUAAUAUGAUUCUGUUAAUCUGUUAAGGCAUCAUAAGUAGUUAUUUUUUUUGGAGUUAGAGAGGAUACUGGUAUUUGAAUAUAGAUUAAUUAAUUACCGUUAGAUUAUUAAUGCUAUUAUAAUUGACUGUUAUAUGAUUAAUUACUCUUUCCCCUUAAAUUGUUGCAAAUAAGUUAAAGAAUAUUAAUUUAAAAAAUAUUUGCAUUAUUAUAAUUAUUAAAAUUCAUCGUUGUAGCCCCGGAACUGUAAUAUAUAAAAUAUCUGGUUUUACAAUACCUUUAUCAGUUCCAAAAACUUUUGGAAACUUUUGGAACUGAUAAAGGUAUUGUAAAACCAGAUAUUUUAUUAUAAUUAUGUUGUGAAAGCUAGACCCAGAGAAUGAACGUCGUGUAAACUCAACUAUGGACCAUCGUUGGUCCAACAAAAGUAUCUUUUGUUGGUCCAACGGAGUGAAAAACGGUUGGACAACGGUUGGCUUGAUUUAUGAUACCCAACAAUGCAUAUUAAUGUAUUUCAUUAACAAUGAACCGAUGUUGGUCCACAGUUGUAAAUAUUGGUUGGCCCAACUACGAGAUAUACAGUUGGACAACGGUUGGUUGGUUGUGGAAGCUCCAACCAACCAUCGACCAACUGUCCCACAGUUGGCCAACGUUGGCCCAACCAUCUGUGCUACAUGGGGGAUGUAAGGUGUGAACCUCUAACUGUGAUAACAGUCAACACUCAAAUUUUUCCUCUCGCAAAAGAGUAUGUGAUUUGCCUGGAAAUCUUGAAAAUUAAUCCUCUGAUCACCUGUAAAAAAACGAUAUCUGCUGAGAAAAAACGUCUAAUUUUCUAACUUUUUAUUGAAUAAAAGUAUGAUUAUUGCUUUAAACUCCACAUAACCUCACCCACUAACUGCUAGUUUUUUCUACAUAAAAUAAGCCACCAUUUUAAUCACUCCUUCUUAAUUAAACUGUAGGAUAACAAAUGUAUUAUUAUUAACCCAUAAACAUGAUGAGCCAUACAGCAAAAGCUAUUUAAUUGGCAUUGCAAGACCUACCAACCCCACAUGUGGCAUUCAUCGAGCGCCUAGCAGCUACUUGCCAAAUCAUGACCAAUAAGAAUGGGUGUUCGCUUACUCGUCAUUUGGACAAUGUUAGAUCUAAUCGUCGCUUGCUCCGUUUCGAUCUUUUCCACACACCACAGCAACCAAUAGACUGCUCAGAAAGUGCAAAUGUGUGGGCACCUCUGCUCGGAAAUCGGUGUGAGUACAAUAGUUUGCUACUUGUCAAAUAUUCGGCGCACUUGAAUGUCUAAUGUGCUAAACUCUAGAUUGAAGUAUAUUAAGAACAGCUGAUUAUCUCUGGAAUACUCUUGUUUGUCUAGUAAAUAAAUUUUGAGAUUUUUAUUCUGAGAGCCCCAUGAUUUCAGAUACCUAGUAAUUUUGUCAAAAUGUAUAGAAUUUAAUUUCUAGUCUUGUAAAUAAAUAGGUUAAUCUCAGUGGACAGCGAUUUUACCUGUACAAACUAUAAGUAGCCUAAUAUGAGUUACAUAUAAGUUAAUAGGAUUUGUUGAUAAUUAAUAUAUUUGUAUGUUGUGAUACUUUUUUACCAAGUACGUGACUUAACAGAAUAGCUUUGAUUAUUUAAGGUGUGUGUUCAUUGUAAGAGAAUGAAUCCAGAGGUUUUCUCAAUCUAUGUUAUCAACUUUGUACUGUUUAGAUAAUUAUAUAUUUGUGAAAAGUAA